AUGCAGGGCUUCAGUAAUCCCCCCAUCAGGGGUUUGGCCUGGACAUUGGCAACAAUCCUUCUUUCUGCUCGGCAAGCUAUAGCUCACGGAGACCACGAUAUGGAUAAGAUUGAAGAUGGCGAGGCUAUGAGUGUGGAUCCACUUGAUGCAAUCUUAUGGAUUCACAUCUUGUUGAUGAUGCUAAGUUUUGGCAUCAUUUUCCCCACGGGGAUGGUUCUUGGGAUUGUCCGGAAUCGAUGGCAUGUCCCGACACAAGUGCUUGGAACGGUGAUCGCCGUUGUCGCAUACUUCUUGGGACAUAUGCACAAAGGUCGACAAUUUUCGAAAAACGUACACGCCUCUUUCGCGAAUUGGUUGAUGCUCAUGCUGGUAGUUCAAGUUGUAUUCGGGAUAUACCUCAAAUUCCACAUCACGAAGGGGUUUCACGGGAAGAUCAGGAAGGUUGCUGUGCAUGGCCAUGGCAUUGUAGGCAAGGCCAUGCCGGUGGUCGCAUGGGUUCAGAUGAUCUUUGGGGGCAUUACUGCUCUGGGAUUCUGCCGUGAUGACCAUUUGGGUCAAUGUCUGGCCCAUUUUAUAAUGGGUGGCGCAUUUAUCGGAUAUGGAAUCCUGCUUACAAUCAUGAUGUUGGUCGGCCAAGCCUGGCUCAAAAGGACUGGGCGAUCGCAAGAAUUCUUCGACUCGGCAGUCAUUGCGGCGUGGGGUUGUGUCAACACUUUUACGGAACACAGAUGGGGCUCCGCAUGGGUCGCCAAUGAUAUCCAGCAUACCACGAUGGGUGUGAUCUGGUGGUGCGCAGGCCUUGCGGGUGUCUGGCUCAGCAGGAAGCGGGAUGGAUCGCCCAAGAGGAACUUCAUCCCAGGAUUCGUUAUCCUUAUUACUGGCUGGGGCAUGUCUGGCCAUCCUCAACAUCUACCUGUCAGCACAAUGGUCCACACAGUGUUCGGCUACACCCUUAUGGCGGCAGGCCUUUCGAGAAUCAUAGAGGUUGCCUUUGUUUUGAGGGAUCAGGCCACGAUUUCUGAGGAUGGGGAUGCGAACAGCUUUCAGUACAUUCCACCAUUUUUACUUUAUGCAUCCGGGUUCCUGUUCAUGGGGGCCACGGAGGAACAAAUGAAGCUACUAUCCGAUGCUGGCAUAACCCACGUCUCCUACGUGCUUGUCCUAUAUAGCUUUGCCUUCUUGAUAUUCUUAUUUACGAACAUGCUCUUGCACCUCUACGCAGUCAACUCCGCCCCGGCAGUCCCACCAAAGGAUGGCGAAGAGCAAGCCAGGGCGCCGAGGAUGAACGGUCAUACAAGGGCAUCGGAUUCGAGGCAGGUUAGGGACGCAGAGGAGUUUGAACUGGAGGGUCUAAUGAGCGAGGACGAGAAUCCCCAGACUCCAAGCACGUUAGGGAAAAACCACGAGACACGUGCUAACUAA